CAGAGUUUCAUUGCAUCAUCCUGUUGGCAACUUUCCAUUCCUCUAAUGCCAUGGAACUUCUGAAGAUGCAGAUGGCGUUUGAGGAGGUGGCUGUGGAUUUCACGGAGGAAGAGUGGGUCUUCCUGAAUGCCAAUGAAAGAACCCUCUACUGGGAUGUCAUGCAGGAGAACUAUGAGCAUGUAAUUUCAGUGGGUGUGUUCCUUGUCUUGGCAGAGAGAAACCACUCAUCUCACCUGCCUUUGGCAUCAUCCUGUUCCAGCAUGAAAGGGCUUUCACAGGUGACGUUUGGGGAGGUGGCUGUGUAUUUCACGGAGCCCGAGUGGGCUCUGCUGGAUGGGGAUGAAAGAGCUCUGUACUGGGAUGUCAUGCAGCAGAAUUACGAGCACCUGACUUUCCUUGGUGGCAUGUUCCAACAAGGAAACAGUAAGACGACAGUAUUGUGCAGAAUAUUGUUUGGUGGCUCCCAAGAUGAGGACUCCCUGGGCUCCAGUUCCAUAGUGAGAUCUACUCAAGCUUGGAAAAGUUACAUUUUGAGCCGGCACAAAUCAUUGGAUUCUGGUAACCCUGAAAAGUGA